UAACCUUAGCUAUGCAUUAAGCACCACCAACUACUAAAGCUACCUUUCCUAUCUUAAAUCCUUUACUACCCCAUAUUUCUCUAAGCACAAUGGCAAUUGCAACAACCUCUAUUACUUUCUUUCUUCUUACCCUUUUCCUUAAAGGCACUUUUGGUGACUAUGGAGGAGGUUGGCAAGGUGGUCAUGCCACAUUUUAUGGUGGAGGUGAUGCAUCAGGCACAAUGGGAGGGGCUUGUGGUUAUGGCAAUUUGUACAGCCAAGGCUAUGGAACCAACACUGCUGCACUCAGCACUGCACUUUUUAACAACGGUUUGAGCUGUGGAUCUUGCUACGAGAUGAGAUGUGACAGUGACCCAAAAUGGUGUCUCCCCGGUAGCAUAUUGGUCACUGCUACUAACUUCUGUCCACCUAACUUUGCACAGUCUAAUACCAAUGGUGGUUGGUGUAACCCUCCCCUUCAACACUUUGAUCUUGCUGAACCUGCUUUCUUACAAAUUGCUCAAUAUAAAGCUGGAAUUGUUCCUAUUUCCUUCAGAAGAGUCCCAUGUGUGAAGAAAGGAGGAAUAAGAUUCACAAUCAAUGGACACUCAUACUUUAACUUAGUUUUGGUGACAAAUGUUGGUGGAGCUGGAGAUGUACAUUCAGUGUCCAUCAAAGGGUCAAGAACUGGAUGGCAAACUAUGUCAAGGAACUGGGGCCAAAAUUGGCAGAGCAAUAACUACCUGAAUGGCCAAAGCCUCUCUUUUCAAGUCACUACAAGUGAUGGAAGGACUAUCACUAGCAACAACAUUGUUCCUACAAAUUGGCAAUUUGGACAAACAUUUUCUGGGGGACAAUUUUAGAUACAUUAAAAAAAAAUGUGUGUGUGAUAUAUUGCAUUACAUUGCAUUGUUCCGUUGUUUUAGUUGGAAAGUGUGAGGAAAGGAAAGGUAGAUUAGGAGGAGUUAAGGCCAAAAUUGGUCUCUAAUGCUGUGGUGGCAAUAUGGCACCCGCUAGGCCUAGUAUAGUAUAUGAUAUGAUAUAUAGUUGCUUUUUGUUUCAUCAAGUAAAGUAUAGGUUAUGGUGAUGAUUAUCUCAAGUCUCAACAGCCUAUUGUAUAUUUGAUCUCAGCAAUGGUGCAAACCAAUUUGGGAUUGUUUAUUAUAUCAAUUUAAUGAUGUUUUUUUUUUUUUAA